GCUUCCCUACCGCACAGUCGACCAGUUGUUUCAAUUGUUGACCAAUUGGCUGUUUGUUUGGCGGCAUCUGCUGACUACCUCGUCAGAUCCUCUCAAAUGUCGACACUGCCGAUUUACGAGUGGAUACAACAAGCCGUAGGGUUGUUGGAGCACAAAGCUCUCUCCAUCGGCUCCAAACCAUCGACCUACAAGACCUACUCACAUUUUCAUGCAGACUUAAUGGCAUUCAUCUGUCUUUUCCUUCCCAAGUGUUCACAUGUGCCAUCUCAUCUGUACGAACGCUUGCUCAGUCUCUGCAUGGAAGUCUUUCAGGACAUAUCCUUGCUUUCCCGCAUAACCGUUGUCGAAUCACAGGCUUUUGAACAGGCUAUGAAUUUGAUGCAAGCAAUUUGGAACAAAUUUGAUCCAAUCCACCUCAUCAAUUGUCUUGUGGACGCUGGCAUAAUAAACAACCUCAUUGGUAUUCUCGCUGAACACUCACUGACCUUCAAUGGCGCCGACCUCGGCCACACUAUUGUGCGUUUGCUCACGCGUUUUCUUUUGCCUGCUGAGCGUGCACGCAACCCGAUCCUCUCACCGGCUUCACUGGGGGGCAGGCUUGCCUCCAAUCGUCAAGACGGCUGGUCGCGCUCUCAGUCAAUUCAUAUCUUGGCCUCCUACGCGGUGACUCUGGGCCAGGCGCUCCGUCUACCGCCCAUACAGCAACUAAUGCAAUGGCUGGGUCAGGCGGAUAAAUGCGAAUCUCCUGAAGUAGCUCAUGAGGAUCUCUUCCCCAACACUUCUUGGAGUGAAUUUCUGCUCUCUCAACUGCAUUUAAUCACCCUUCUGGUGGUGCAGGGAGGCGGUGCCGGUGAUGGCACACCGAUAGCUCAUCUGCUUAAAACCUUUCUCCUCAAUAAUCAUGAACAGCUCUGUGCUCUCCUCGCGGUUCCACCGAGGGGCCUGCUGAUUACCUCGGCUAUCCUAGACCUCUACUGGUGCGCCAUGCGCUCCUCACCCGGUGUCACAAAACUCUUCUCACCUACAUGUGUAGGCACAGCAGUCCUCUUCGCUGAGGGUCAUCGUGAAGAGCGUCUUUUGGUGAACUUUUCAUUCAUUUUAUUCGUUAAACUGAGGAACCUGACGGUGCGUCAAUCUACCUUCCACCAGACAUCUGGGCGUCUGUUUACUCCGCAGCAGUUCGAUUAG